UGGAGUGAGUCUGUUUGAAUAGCUCUUAUAAAGCUACAGGGCAGGCAUCAUGGCACACGAUGUCUGAGUCUUCCUCGGCACAGGACUGUGUCCCUGGUCCUGCAAACACUAUCAUUUAAUUAUGACAAGUUUCCUUUUAUGAUUUGUGUGAUUAUUAUGAGUUGGAGGCUUUUAAAAAAAAACGAGGGUAGGGCAGUUUUGAAAAAAUCUUCAUGGUUGAUGCCACCGGUAUCGGAAAGAAAAUGCAAUCUCUCGGAUUCGAGUAAAGGAGGGGCGGGCUGAAUAGCCUCCCCCUGCAUAUCGCGGUUGACCCUGAGCUCGGGGCGGAAGUCGCGUUGGUUGUUGGAUGCGCUGCCUUGCCCCCGAGUGAGCGGUUAACCGAAGCCGGUGCCUGUGGAGAUGGAGAGCGGGGAGGAGCAGGCCCAUCCCCAGGCCCAGACCCAGCCCCAGCCCCAGAUCCUGAACCUGACCCUGGCCCAGCCCCAGCCCCUGACCCUGGCCCAGACCCAGCUCCAGCCCCAGAUCCUGAACCUGACCCAGACCCAGACCCAGACCCUGAGCGUGACCCAGCCCCAGACCCAGACCCUGAGCCUGACCGACUUCUCUGAUGAGAUCCUGCUGACCAUCCUGAGGUUUGUGCCCAGCUGCGACCUCCUGCUCAAUGUCCGGAAAGUGAACAGAAAGUUGGCGGCUCUGUGUAUGGACAAGAGCCUAAUUAGCUCUGUCACUCUGCACAAGGAGUAUCAGGAGAGUGACACAAAAGUGACAUCUCUGCUGAAAGAAAUAGCUGGUGACAUUCAACAACUGAAGCUGAGUGGCUGCUAUUGGUUGUCUGGCUCGACUAUUGAUCAGGUGGUAAAAUGUAAAAACAUCUUGAAGCUUGACCUGACAGGAUGCCGCAUGACAUCACUGCGUCUUUCCAGAAUGCUGUCUGUACUCCGUAACCUGCGCUCCCUUGCUUUAGACGUCAGCCAAGGAUUUGACGUGGGCCAACUGAGCAGUGAAUGUAAGGCAACACUUGGCAAAGUAACUGAACUAAAGCAGACUUUAUUCACCCCUUCUUAUGGCAUUGUUCCGUGCUGUACCAAUCUGGAGCGGCUGUUGCUUUAUUUCGAAAUCCCAGAUCGGACUCGAGAGGGGGAAAUGCUCUCGGGCCAACUGAUGGUUGGGCAAAGCAACAUUCCCCACUAUCAAAAUCUCAAGGUAUUCUAUGCAAGGUUGUCACCAGGCUAUGUUAACCAGGAAGUUGGGAGGUUUUACCUGUCAGUCCUGAGCAUUCGGACUCCUGAGAAUCUGCGUGCCUUUAUUCUAUCUGUCCCUGGGGUUUUUGUUGACACCGGGUGCUCCACACGGAACUUUCUUGAUUGUAUGACUAAAAACUUUAGCUUGGAGGCGCUGCAGCUCCCUCGAUCCUGGUUGAACGGAUCUUCGCUUCUACAUUCCUCACUUCUGCAUACCAUUACAUUGAGCAACCCUGUCUAUUUGAACUUCAGCCACUGUAUCCUGUCUGGCUGUCAGCUGAGCCAUCAAAUCAUUAAUGGAGGCAGAAACGUCCAGUCACUAGUUAGUUUGAACCUUAGCGGUUGUGUCCAUUGCCUGCUCUCAGACUGUUCUGUCUUUCGCAAGGCCAAAGAUGACAUUGAUUUCGAUGUGGUGGAAGCACUGGUAAACUGUUGCCCCAACCUGAGGCACCUGAAUCUAUCUGCAGCUCACCACCACAGCCCUGAGGGCACUGGACGGCACUUGUGCUUGCUUCUAGCAAGGUUGAAGCAGUUGCGUUCGUUAUCGCUCCCAGUGUGCUGCGUGGCGCAAAGUACCAAAAGUGCUGACAAGCUGCCUAAUCACGCAGUGCCUGCCUUGCAGGCACAGUCUGUGCGCCGGGGUCUCGGAAAGAAGGUUCGAAUUGGAGUGCCGACCUAUCCAAGGAAUUUUCAGGAGCAGCUGUCGUUGAGUUUGCCAGCAACUGUGUUUGGGACUCUGCUGGAGAAUGUUCCCUUUUUGGAAGAGCUGGAGCUGAUUGGGUCCAGUUUCUCCUCGAACGUACCUCGGAAUGAGCCUGCCAUCAGGAACGUACAGCCACCCUGUGACCGAGCGCAGCGGAUCCAAGACGAAGAGCUGGUGCUCAUUGGGCAUCUGCAGCACCUGCGCAGUCUGACCUUGGCCCAGCUUCCUGGCAUUCUGACUGGCUCAGGGCUGAUUGGUAUAGGACUGAGGUGUCAGCAGCUACAGACAUUAUCCCUGGCAAACCUUGGUCUGCUGGGUAAAGUGGCUUACAUGCCAGCCUUGUGCGAAAUGCUGAAGCACUGCAAACAGUUGAAGGACUUGAGGUGAGAGCAUGUCUUUCUUAGAAUUUG